AAUUUAACUUUUGAUGAAGCGAAACCAGAAAAACAACAACAACCAGGAUGGCAUCGAAAAGCUUACAUUCAAAACUCAGAUCGCUGCUACCCAGGAGAUGCCCUCACAUCAGGACUGCUACGACGGCGGCGGCCACCAGGGGUACUACUCAAGCCAACUCACACUACCCACCCAGCUCAACCCAAAUCAAACGACCAUCAACAUCAUCCUAUGUCCCAUCCACUCGAUCAAAAAUGUCAUUCACUCGACCAACACCAUCUCAAAUUGAUCCUGUGCUAAACACGAACGAAACCGAUCGAACAGAGCUGACUCGAACAGCAAAGAGAACUCGGAAAAGAGAGAAGCCCCUAUCAGAAGAGGAACAAGAGAAACAAAGACUAGAGAGGGAAGAAGAACUAACUGCGAAUCUAGAGAAAUCCUUCAAACCACCCAAGAUUCUAUUUGAAAAUGAGAAAGUGGUCGUGAUCGAUAAACCAGCUGGUUGUGCGCUACAGGCAGAACUUGGAUCUGAAGCAUACAUUAGAUGGAAACUAAUUAUGGAUUAUCUCGAAAAAAGACGAGGAAAGCUAUUCAUAGUCCACAGGUUGGAUAAAUCGACCACCGGACCACUAAUCCUAGCCAAGUCAUCCACUGCAUCAAGAACACUCUCGACCCAAUUCAAGAACUCGACCGUCAAGAAGACCUACUAUGCGGCCAUCCAGUUCCUAGGUGAUAGGAUUGGUCCAAUUCAGGAUGCUAAAUCCUCCGGUCAGAUCGAAUGUAGGAUGAGGGACAGUAAGGAUCGGAUGGUGAUUGCCGAAUCAAAUCGAACCGGCACGGAUUGUAAGCAAACUAAAACAAAUUGGGAAUUAGUUACCGCAACAUCAAACCAUGCAAUUGUCAGAUUGACACCACAGACUGGCCGAAAACAUCAACUUCGACUACAUUGUUCGAGAUUCUUGGCUGGACCGAUUGUCGGUGACUUCAAGUAUGACUUCCGCUAUCUCAGCUAUCAAUCCCAAAAGGCCAUCCAUAACUUCUUAAAUCGGGAGGCACCAGGAAGGCUCUUGUUACACUGUUCUGAAAUCGAAUUCAAGCUUUACAAGAAAGAGCAGCCCCGAGAGUAUACAGUUCGUGUCAGUAGUCCCCUUCAUGAUGAUUUCAGGAUCGUUUGUGAUCAGCUGGAUCUCAGCACGAACGCGAUACACUAGUCCAUUCAACAUAUCUAUCAUGGUCAUGUGGGCCUUGGAUCAGAGUGGAUGAGGGAUCUGGAAAGAUGCCACAUGUGAUCGACAGAAGGGCAUGACUCGUAAUAACAUCUAAAAAUCAUCACUUUUUUUUCUAAAACAAAAAAGUGCAACAGCACGUCCCUCCAGUAUGUACAAUAAUUUUCUAAUCGAGAUCAUAGUAAUUCCAUGGUGACCGGAACGGCUUGGAUGAUCUCAUCUCAACCGGGUCCAGUUUCUGGGUUCAUGGAGUUCAUAAGUCCCCCAAUCCAUGGCGCCCACUGAUUCCAAGUUGAAUGGGAGAUCCCUGUGCAGUUUUCUCAAAGUAUUUUGUUAUUACAAAUAACGAAGCCAUUCAAUGGAAUAUGAUGUACUUUCUUCCUUGUAUAGUUUCGUAUCAGCUUUUGUCGCAUGUACCGAUUUGAUCACGGUAUUUGAAGCUUGGCUUCCUUGUAGCGACAGUAUACUCUCCUUA